UACCACGGCAACACCCAACAUAUGGUCCAAGAGUUUGAUAUGAUCCUACAGACUCCCAAAUUAGAGUGAGACAGGGUGAAGCCAGGGCUCAGUAUCGACUUGGACUGUGCUAUAUGUCAGGCAGAGGAGGCGUUAUUCAGGAUUACAUGAAAGCAGCAGAACUUUUCAAGCUCAGUGCAGCACAGACUGAGGCAGAUGCUCAAUUUGAACUCGCAAAAUGUCAUGAGCUUGGCAUGGGUGUUCCUCAAGACAAGGCUCAGGCUUUUGAGUAUUACAGAAAAGCUGCUGAGCAAGGACAUGCAAAAGCACAGUUUCAUCUGGGGUGUUGUUACAGGGACGGUUAUGGUGUCGCGAAGAAUCUGGAACGAGCUCUUCACUGGUACAUGAAGGCAGCAGAGCAAGAGUUACCUGCGGCUGCAUACCAACUUGCUGUUUGUUACGACGAGGGCCAGGGAGUUGCGCAAGACACAAGCGAAGCUGUGAAAUGGUACCUGAAGGCUGCAGAACUCGGGGACGUCGAUGGCAUGUAUAAUCUGGGGGCCUGCUAUUCCACAGGGCAAGGGGUAGAAAAGAACGUGGAAGAAAGUGCGGCCUGGUUUGUGCGUGCUGCGGAGCUGGGAGAUGCCAAGAGUCAGUGCAGCAUUGGGCUUUGCUAUGAAGCUGGGGAAGGGGUCACAGCAGACAUGGCGAAAGCCGUUCAAUGGUACAGGAGAGCAGCUGAACAAGGGCAUGCAGAGGCGGAGUUCCGACUGGGCUUCUGCUAUGAGCGAGGGGACGGGGUCGCCAGAGAUGUGGGACAGGCAGCUUAUUGGUACAGAAGAAGUGCAAAUCAGGGCAAUCGGACAGCACAGUUUCGGAUGGGUGAGUGCUACCGCAAAGGAGAGGGCGUCGAUCAGGAUACUGUGCAUGCAGUCAAAUGGUAUAGGAAGGCAGCGCGAGGUGGCGACCCAGAGGCUCAGCACCGGCUAGGGAUUUGCUACGACAAGGGGCAGGGGAUUCAGCAGGACUUUGUCCAGGCAGCAGAUUGGUACCAUAAGGCUGCUGAACAAGGAUUAGCCAAGUCCCAGAUCAGUCUGGGACUCUGCUAUCUCAGAGGCCAAGGCGUAAUGAAAGACAAGGUUCUGGCCGCGAAGUGGUUUCGUAAAGCAGACGAGCAGGUGCAGUUAAAUCAAAUGAUCGACUCCGAAGAAGCCCAUCGGCUCCAGCCUGAGCUGAAAGUGCUGUCCUUUGAGAGGAGGGUUCAAGUAGCAGAGGGUAUGAUUAACAGGUACAUUGGAAGGCAGUCGUGGGAGGAGUCAGGCCCAUGGGAGAGAGCGAAAGACGAUAUACGCCGCGAUUCCCGCCUCCUCCAGUACUUCAAGUACUUUCAGCAGAAGAUGAGUGAUGUGUUUAUCAGCGCGAAGGCAGCCAUGGGAGACCGACUCGUCAUUCACGCCCGGUACGAUGGCUCAGGUGCCAUCUCUCAUGCCCUUCCCAGCGCACCGUCAUCUGCAGCUGCAGACCACAUCCACCCAUCCACCUCCACCCCCGAGGGCACCAUCGAUGGUCGUAUGCCGCCACCAGCAGAUGCAUCCAGUUGUCAUCUCAUUCACCGUGUUUCGCCAGAAAAGAUCACAAGGCUAGCCCCCAACACAACUGUCUUUGAGUCCGUAUGCGAAGGGGUGGCCCUUGUCCUGUUGAAUCACCGCAAGAGACAGCUGUCGCCGCCGGUGCGGGAUAUCGAUGGCAUCGAAAGGGCCUUUCACAAUCGAUCACGACAGUGCAUUGCAUGCGAAGACAUCGAUCCGGAUAUACAGGAGCUGGUGGAGGAGGACAUUGGCAAGAUACUAGAAGCUGUAGAGAAAGAUCUGAUCUUGGGAGAAAUCACUGAUCUUGAUGGGAAACUUCUCCGGUCAGAGUUCAUUGCCGCCGCCCUCGAGAAAUCCCGGUAGUGAGUUUUUUUCUCUCACCCUCUGAAAACCCGUUCUCUUUCCUCUUGCACCUCGACUAGC